UGCUGCGCCCUCAGCUAAUGCCCAGAACUGCUGAGACUGCUGUCCCCUGUCUCAGCUGUAAUCCACUUUCCACUCUGCUCUGUAGAUGGGAUUUGGCCUCUAGACACAGAGACCUGGAUGCAUCCUCUCCAGAUCCCCUACAAAUUCCCCGCACGCCUCAGCCAGGGCCCUUGUGUGUGCCUGUGAGGGGUCAUCAGUGACAAAAGCCGCUGGCCCAGAACAGGGCUGGUUGCUCAUCUGUCGAGAGCACAGGGACCCUCUCCAGACUCUUCUGGCACCUUGCCCGGUGGGGGGCAAUUUACAAGCCCUUUGCGCCCUGACAUAUAUAUCGAGGUGGGAGAACUUGCCAGGGACAGAUAAUAUGGCGGCCAGCACGAAGUCCAAUAAGUCACACGUCAUCUUCAAGAAGAUCUCCCGGGACAAAUCUGUGACCAUCUACCUGGGGAAGAGAGACUAUAUCGACCACAUCAGCAAGGUAGAGCCAGUGGAUGGUGUUGUUCUCGUGGAUCCGGAGCUUGUGAAGGGAAAGAAAGUGUUCGUCACUCUGACCUGCGCCUUCCGCUAUGGCCAGGAAGACGUUGACGUGAUCGGCCUGAGCUUCCGCCGGGACCUGUACUUCUCGCGGGUGCAGGUGUACCCACCUGUGGGGGCCGCCAGUGCGCCCACACGGCUGCAGGAGAGCCUGCUGAAGAAGCUGGGGGCCCACACGUACCCCUUUCUGCUCACGUUCCCUGACUACCUGCCCUGCUCUGUGAUGUUGCAGCCAGCUCCACAAGACUCAGGAAAGUGCUGUGGGGUGGACUUCGAGGUCAAAGCGUUCGCCACAGACAAUGCUGAUUGUGAAGAGGACAAAAUCCCCAAGAAGAGCUGCGUGCGGCUCCUGAUCCGGAAGGUGCAGCAUGCCCCGCCCGAGAUGGGGCCACAGCCUUGCGCUGAGGCUGCCUGGCAGUUCUUCAUGUCGGACAAGCCCCUGCAGCUCACGGUCUCCCUCAGCAAAGAGAUAUUUUUCCAUGGGGAACCCAUCCCUGUCACUGUGACUGUGACCAAUAACACGGAGAAGACAGUGAAGAAGAUUAAAGUGUUAGUGGAGCAGGUGGCCAACGUGGUUCUCUACUCAAGUGAUUAUUACAUCAAGCCGGUCGCCAUGGAGGAGGCGCAGGAAAAGGUGCCACCGAACAGCACUUUGACCAAGACACUGACGCUGGCGCCCUUGUUGGCGAACAACCGAGAAAGAAGAGGCAUUGCCCUGGACGGGAAGAUCAAGCAUGAGGACACCAACCUCGCCUCCAGCACUAUCAUCAAGGAGGGCAUAGACCGCACCAUCCUGGGCAUCCUGGUGUCUUACCAGAUCAAGGUGAAGCUCACGGUGUCCGGCUUUCUGGGAGAGCUCACCUCCAGCGAAGUGGCCACUGAGGUCCCCUUCCGCCUCAUGCACCCCCAGCCGGAGGACCCAGAAAAGGACAGUUUACAGGAUGAAAAUUUGGUUUUUGAGGAAUUUGCACGCCAAAAUCUGAAAGAUGUGGGUGAAGAAGGGAAGAAAGAUGAAGAGGAGCCUGCCCAUGAUGAGUGACAAGUUGCCUCCAAGCCCCCCCAGGCCUGUGCAGUUCGGCAGGUCACAAGCGAGUCCCAGAAUCUUGUUAGCUAUGGAAACUGAGUCUUCCUCUCAGAAAUAAAGUGUGU